CUACUAUUACUACAGCUGCUGCUGUUUCAACGCUACGCCGUCGUGCUGGGUUGUCGCAACAUCCCGAUCCUAACACCACCCCUCCUCCCGACCAGUCGAUCAGCAUCCCCACUGAAUCUCCUCUCCUUAGACACGAUCUAGCUGCUUCAUCUCCUCCAAAACCCACCACCCUUUCGUUCUUUACAUGACAGCGUCCCGCCCGUCGUCACCCUCACUCUCUCUCUACGCUCCGAAACCCGCACCGUGGACAUAUUAUCAAUCUUCCCAGUUUUGCAAAGACGGGCCACGGUAGUAGGGAAACGAAAUAUCACCAGCCGUGGUCGUAGUCGUGGUCGUGAUCGUGAUCGUGGCUUCUUGGGUUUAUAUCACAUUUACUAUUCGAAUCAGCCCUGCCCCCGGGGCUCGUUGUGUCGAGUUUACAAAUCAUGGCGACUUCCAAUAACGCCCCCUCGGUCGCAUCGUCAUCAUCAUCAUCAUCAUCAUCAUCAACAACAACAACAACAACUGCUGGCAGUCUCGUUAAUGCGUCCGGAUAUAAAUUCUCCGAGAAGGAUGUGAAGCCGGGGAAGAUCAAGUUGAAGAAGUCGGCGAAGCUGGGGGGUAGGAAGAAGGCUGAUGAACCCCCGGCCUCCCCCGGCUCAUCCCCAAUUCUUCCGGAGAUCGACGAAAAGACUAUGGCCGCCUUCCCGACGGGCAAGCCGCGGGAAGAAGAUCAUCUGGAGACGGUCAUUUGUAAGACCUGCAAGAGGCCGGUCCUCAAGCAGAAUGCCGUGGAACACAUCCGCGGCUGUAUUCGAGCGAAGCAGGAGAAGGCGCGCCAGCGGAAGGAGGCGCGCGAUGCGGCCAAUCGGGCCAAGGCCGGCGAUAAGGAUGAUACCGAGGAGGUGGGCGUGGGCGGCGCCGGCACCGGCGGUGCUGGCGGACCCGGCGGGGAGAAAGGGGAGGGUGGAGAGGAUUCGUCGAUGAAGGGGCAGAAGGGCGCCAAGAAGAGCGCCGUGAAGGGAAUGGCGGUGGAGAUCGGGGCGAAGAAGGGCACGAAGCGGAAGACGGAGGCCGGGGAUGGCGACGACAAGGAUAGCAAGGAGCAGCCCAAGACGAAGAAGAAAAAGAAGGAGGAGCCCAAACCGAAGACCGCCAAACCGAAGGGUCCCGUGGAUGUCGAGAAACAGUGCGGUGUUACUCUGCCCAAUGGGGCCCAGUGUGCGCGCUCUUUGACUUGUAAGAGCCAUUCGAUGGGUGCGAAGAGAGCGGUCCCUGGGCGUUCGUUGCCAUACGACAUGUUGCUGCAGGCGUAUCAGAAGAAAAACCAGGCGAGGCAGCAGAAGGCUGCUAUCGACGCCAACGCGCCGCUGCAGGACGAGCAAGAUAAUAACGGUCCGGUCGACUCGGAUGAAGAGAAGGAUGCUGUGAUGGCGGCGAUUACGCGCUCGCAUCCACAACCCCUUGUCAGUCACACCUUGAUUCCGACCAAAAAGAAGUACCAGUAUGUCCGCAUCAAAGAGAUGCUGUCUCAUGCUCUGGGCGGCUCGCGCGGCGGUGGCCUCUUCUCGACCGGCGACCAUACCUCAUCUACGUCUUCCCUCUUUUCCGAUGGGAAUCUUUUCACCCCCGUGGACGAAGUCGACAUGGCUUUACCGGUCUCUGGAACUGUGCAGGAUAAUGCGACAGAUGCUGAUGCGAAAACUCCGGCGGCACCUGCACCCAAGAAACUUUCCGUGGCGGCAAGCUCAUAUUGCCACCACCGCGAUCUCCGCCGAACGGCGACAAAAGCCCGCCCACCGAAUGCCCUUUCUUUCACCUCACACUCCUUUCUUUUAACACCGCGCAAAGCUCGGCGCGGCUUUGCAGGCGAGGCCUCGGUCCGACCUCAAUUCUUUUCCAACUCUCAACAUACGUUCAACACUCUACAGACAGUCCAGAAGAACCCCAUCGCCCGCCCCCCUCAACUCCGAUCCGUCCAUUGUCGAGUCCACCUCACCCGAUUGAAUUCCGAUCCCGCCUCGCCCUUCUUACCUACCUACGCACCCACCACCCCGCCCUCCUCCUCCUCCACCAGCUACAAGAUGGGAAACUCCGUUCCCGACCUCGACGCGGUCGGCGUGAAAGCCGAACCGGAGCUGGCCGACAUGCUCCGGCGCGAGGUCGCUAGUCUUCUGGGGCGCAACAACCUGAACUUUCCCGGAGCGCAGCCGGUCAGUUUCGCGACGCGACAUCUUACCGAACUCCAACGGGAGGACUACUACGUCUGCGAGAAGACGGACGGCAUCCGAUGCCUGAUGUACUUUGCGCACGGGGAACCGGACUCGGAAACGCCGGAGGUGCACUACUUGAUCGACCGCAAGAACGACUACCGGUGGGUGCCGGGGCUGCACUUCCCGCUGCCCGGCGACGACACCUUCCGACAGUUCCACGUGAACACGAUCGUGGACGGCGAGCUCGUGAACGACACCUACGAGGACGGGACGCAGCAGCUGAAGUUCCUGGUCUUCGACUGCCUGGUGCUGGACGGGCAGCCGCUGAUGCACCGCACGCUCGACAAGCGGCUGGCCUAUUUCAAGGAGAAGGUGCUGCGGCCGUACAACGCCAUGUACCGCAAGUUUCCGGAGGAGAUCCCGCACCGCACGUUCACGGUGGAGGACAAGUCGACGCAGUUCAGCUACGGGAUCGAGAUGAUGUUCCGCGAGAUCAUCCCCAAGGUCAAGAAGAUCCACGGCAACGACGGGCUGAUCUUCACGUGUCGGAGCACCCCGUACAAGAUCGGCACGGACGAGCACAUCCUGAAGUGGAAGCCGCCGGCGGAGAACACCAUCGAUUUUCGCAUGAGGCUGGAGUUCCCGCUGCUCGAGCCGGACACCGACGACGAGGCCGAGGGGGUCCUGGAGCCGUACGCGGACUACGAGGCGAUGCCGAUCUUCCAUCUGUUCGUGCUGCUGCGCGCCAACGAGUACCAGCCUUUCGGGGAGAUGUUCGUCACGCCGGACGAGUGGGAGGCGAUGAAGGCCCUGGGCCAGCCGCUGGAUGAUACGAUCGUCGAAUGCGCCAAGGAUGAUCAGGGCCGGUGGCGGUUCCAUCGGCUGCGGGAUGACAAGUCGGACGCGAACCACAUCUCGACGGUGGAGAAGGUUCUGGAGAGUAUCCAGGAUCGGGUCACGGAGGAGGACCUCAUCCGCAUGGCGCCCGCAAUCAAGACGGCGUGGAAGAAGCGGCAGGCGCUGCAGGAGGAGGAAGCGCGCAAACGACACCGACAAGCUCCUGGGGGCAAUGGACCCCCGAACGGCCACAACGGGGUCAAGAGGAAGUUCGAGGAGUGAUGGUCAUUCUUGUGUUGUUCUUUUUCAUCUAUGAUUCUGACUCUCCCGCGGUCGAUGAGCUCCUUACUACUCAUGACCUUGGCGGGGAAGGUUGGGCUGGCCGGUUGAUUUUGGUUUGCGAGGCGUUAGGUGCUGGCGGGUGGUGUGUGUAUGUUGUUGCAUGCGUGCUGCUCAAUUCCUUCGGGGUUUCAUUUCUCAAGGCCCGAAUGCUUUCUUACUAACUUAUGUCGUGUUUCUUUUUUUUUCAUUUCAAGUCUUCUUCUGUGUAUACAAGAACAGCAACCGGCCUCAAAUGUCGCAUGUUGCACCCAGGGAUAAAGCAAGCGAAUGGAUGUAAAUGGUAUAGACUCGCCCAUCUCCCCUUCAUCCUGUGGGCGGCCAGGGUACAAAGUAAUGGAAUGAGAUAUAUUUACAAAGGAAGGGUUAAAACCGCCCGACCUCGAAGAAACAAG